AUGGUGCAAAUAUCAAGUGCCUUUUUGGUGAACGCUGCAUCUGCAUUGGCGGUCCUUGGCCUUGUCUCCACCAUAUCGGCGACAUCCCCGGGGUACAACUGCAAAGCUGGACAAUCUUGUUGGCCAUCGAACAAAGAAUGGGAGAGUUUCAAUAGCAGUCUAUCCGGAAACUUAUACCGCACGAUUCCUUUCGCCGCAAGCUGUUAUUAUAGUUCUCAAUACUAUGAUCCUUCAGCCUGUGCUGUUGCGGAAGCGAAUUACACAACAAACCAGGCACGAACCGACGUAUACGGCGCAGCAACAGGACUAGGUUGGGAAGCAUGUCGAUCUCAAACUUGUGCCCUGAAUGCUGCGCAUCCGUCUGAGACCCUUUCCGAUGACUGCUCCCUUGGCCGACUGUCAUCAUUGUAUGUCGAUGCUCGCGAAGCAAAACAUGUUGCCACCGCCGUGAAAUUCGCCCAAAAGCAUAAACUCCGAGUCACCAUCAAGAACACAGGACAUGACUACUUUGGUCGCUCUACUAGUCCUAAUACUCUCGCAAUUUGGACUCACAAUAUGAAAACUAUAAAGUAUCAUGAAGCCUUUACUGCACACAAUUGCCCUGCCUCGAACGGUCAAUUUAUCGGGGAGAUUGGCGCCGGUGCUCAGGCGUCGGACGUCUACACCUAUUUCACGAAGUUCAAUAUGGAUGUUACUGGUGGUAACGAAGGAUCGGUCGGCUUAGCUGGCGGCUUUGGUCAAGGAGGUGGACAUGGCGUCUUUGGUCCUAAGUAUGGGCUGAUGGUGGAUAAUGCGGUCGAGUUUGACGUUGUGACUUCGGACGGCCAAUUACGAACAAUCAAUCAAUGCAAUGACUCCGAGCUCUUCUGGGCUAUGCGUGGCGGAGGCGGGGGAGCCUUCGGCAUUUUAACGAGCUAUCGCUUUCAACUCCAUCCGGCGGUCAAGAUCAACGUGUAUCAGUUCGAAGCCAGCUUUGAGGCACAUGGUAACGAAACUGCCAAUUACGCUGCGUUGAAACAGGUUCUCACACAACACGCAACCUACCAACCUUUAUGGUCGUACAACAAUGUUUCAGGACAUGCUUACUACUGGCCGAACAAAACUGAAAUCUACCUCGUCCUGCCUUCGAACAACGAAACAGCUUUGAAGACCCUGACUCGUGGAUUUUCCUCCUUUUUGUCGAAUCAACCGUAUGUGCGGGUUACCAAGAGCACUUACACGACCUAUCCGAAAUAUACCGAAUUCCUACAAAUUACUAAUGGGAUCGCUGCCGAGUACACACCGGGCGGAAUUUUUGGAGCUGUUGCAGGCCGGCUGAUGCCGCACUCAUUAUUCGAAACUGACCGCAAAAGAAACGAUUUAGUCGACGCCGUCCUCCAAGGAGUUCGCCUUAGCAAUAAGCUGAUACCCGAUGAUGGUUCCGUCACCCAAGUUAUCAUGACCACGCCCGUGAAUCACCAAAAUGGUAACACAACAAGUGCUAAUCCUGCGUGGCGAACGGCUCUCUGGCAUGUCCUCAUGACAGGGGGAUGGUCGGAGGAGCUUGGCGUCUCAACUGAGACGGCACUGCUUGAAAAAUGGUUGGAUACCAUCGAGCCACUGAAAUUUUUGACGCCUGGUGGAGGGUGCUAUCUGAAUGAAGGCCAUUACUUGGAACCGGAAUGGCAGGAGACAUUUUUCGGGUCGAAUUAUCCUGAAUUACAUCGGAUAAAGGAGAAGUAUGAUCCUACCCACUUCUUCGACUGCUGGAAAUGUGUUGGCUGGGAGGGUCCGUCCGAGUAA